UUAUCUAUCCCUCAACUAAAACGCCGGCGAAGGGGAGAAGAAAGCCUUUUCGAGCCAGAAAAUAUGGCGACAAUCUCCGCACUCUCUUCCUCUCUUCACUGCCAAAGUUGCCUUCUCUCCGCCCCUUCUCUCCGGCUAUCUUCUCCUCCCUCUCUCGCCUCGUUCCCCUCCCUCCGCCUCGCUCGAAGCCUCUCUCUAUCUCGGUCUCAGAGGAGGAGGCCGUUCCCGAGCUUUGGAAGGGCCGUAAGGGCGGUCGCGGAGGAGGAAACCUUAGUCCCGGAAGAAGAACAAGCAGCGGAGGCAGCAGCGGAGGCGGCGGCGGCGGCAUCGGAGGAAGAGAGCCCGUCCGCCGACCAGACCGUCUCCGUCCCGGUGUCACCCUCCGACAUGCUUACCAUAUUGUUCAAGGCUGAGGGAACUAUGGUUGAGUCGGCGAUACCUGCAGUCGCCAAGGCUCUGGAGGGAACAGAGGGCGUUGGCGAUCUGAAAGUUCAAGUCGCCGAGGGAAUUGCAAGCGUUGAGUUAACAAAACAGACUACUGUGCAAGCUACAGGAGUGGCUUCCAAUUUGGUUGAGAUCAUACAAGGAUCAGGCUUUAAGUUGCAAACUCUCAAUUUGAGUUUUGAGGAUGAAGAGGAUGCUAUCAACUAGCUUUGCAUAUUGAUGGAUCUCUUUCUUGGUUAUGAUUUUUUUAAUUAAUGCUGUAAUAUUAAUAUAUAAUAUGUUCAAAGAUAUGCUUUUAAAUCUUGACUUAGCAACUUUACCUAUCAUAAUAUUCAAAGAUAUCUGUCUUCUCAAUUCUCAACGUUCCAUCGUACUGCCAGGUGAUGAGGAAACUAAGUUUUGCAUGUAUGAGUAAUAUUAAUUGUUCAUUCUUGU